AUGUCCCUGACUCAGACUGAGAAAGACACGGAAGUCUUCACCGAGGACAAAUCCUCUACUCUAUCCUUGACCUCCACUCUGACAUGUGACACGCUUGAUGAAAAGCACUUUGCCUUCUUCCACCCCUCUCGUACCCUACAUAUUGCCGCGCAGGGCAUCGCUGCCUUCCGUCUCCCUUUUCCCUCUAGGGAGCUUGAAAUCCCAAUCUACGACACCGCAGACGGUACCAUCGCUUACGUCUCAACGCGUUCAUCCAUCUGCUCGGGAAACGCCAUUCUUUCAGAUCCUCACCGGGGAGACCUUGUUCGCACCGAGUAUUUCUUUGGUCCUGCGCGUGAUCCCGUGAUUUCCAUAAUAGAUGCUUCUAAAAACCAAUCACUCCCCAUUAAAAUCUCCUCAAGAUGGACUUCGCGAGCGACUAGCUUCAAUACACCCGAUGGCUGGACGUUGGAAUGGAGUUACACGAAAAGAGAAGAUUCCAAUGGCCAGAAGGAAAACGUUAUCGUUCUCCAAUUGAAAGACGUCAAAUCAAAGAAGCAUGGGAAAGUCCUCGCUCAGCUCCUCCGAGGUAGUGAGACAAGAACUGCUGGAUCAUCCCGAUGCCAUGCUGGUAAUGGUGGUGACUUGCUGAUUGAUGAGGAAGCGGAAAAAUUUGUGGAGGAGCCUUUGCUGGUGGCGACAUGUCUAUUGAUGUUGAAGAGAGAGAUCGAUCGGAGGAGGGCCAUGCAAUUUAUGAUGGUGGGCGCUAUUUCUUCCUAA